GGUCGCAAGGAACUGGCGGACCUCUUCUGCGCCGUCGACGAGAUCCACUUGAAUGGACUUAGCCCAGCAUCCAGACAGACAGAACCCUAGCCAUUCAAGCCUGCCUUUGCACGCGACGAAAACGGUGAAAGUCAACAAACACCUCAUGCGCUCGGAUGGACGUCGCGGGUCACCAUAAACAGUGCCACGGGUAGACGCAGUCCAACGUUGGUCCAGUGUGCAUCCGAACUCCUUGGUGCGAGGGUGACCGACUCACCCAUUCCCCGUGAGCAAAGCGCACCUCACGGACUUCCCUCGGACUCUUGUGGUGAAUAGGACUCGCGGGGUCCCUCCAGUGUGACUCGGGGAAGAGGUGUGACUGCCCGUGAACUUCAUUGUUUGUGACUUACUCUACUUGCUGAAUGAAGGGCAGUUUGUGAUCUUUUAAGCGUGACACCUUCCAAGCCCGAUUUGUCUGUUACAGGCAUUGGUUGCUCAUGCUCAAACGAGGUGCUUUAGGAGAGUGACAUGGUGAAUUCCCUUCACGAAACUGGAAGAGCAUUGUAAAGGUUCGGUCGCCCACGGUUUGGAGCUCAGCCAGACGCCGCCAGCAGAGGAGAGAGAGAGAGAGAAGAGAGGACAAGAGAGAAGAGAGGAAGAAGGAGAGAGAGAGAGAGAGAGAGAGAGAGAGAAGCGCUCGACCAGACGGGACUAGAGAAGGAGAGAGUGAGUUAGAGACGGUCAGCUACAGGACCUGAAGACUCAAGACGAGGAAGAAAGGCGAGUGACGAGAAGCGAGCGAAAGACACGGAGAGAAGAGAAGAAAGAAAGAAAAAAAGAGAAGAAGAAAAAAGGAGAAAAGGGAUAGACGCGCUGAGAAGCACCUACUGCGAAGAGACAAAGCGUUUUGAGGAUUACAGACAUACCGUCUCUGCCACGUGGCUCUUUCCUGUUGAAUAUUUAAUGUGUGUUUCGUCGACGAAUCCAUCUUCUCCCUACGCUCAUUACUGUUGAGGAAACGAAGUAAAACCCCCAAAAUCUGAAAAUAUUCACAGUGAUUUUGAAAAAGAAAGAGGGAAAAGACAAAACGGAAGAAAAUAAAUCCCCUAAAAUAUAUAUAUACGAAUACCGCUGUUCUUAAGAGCGUUCAAUGUUCUUGAAUGAACUCACAGUGCACGUAGGAGCAGGCAAUCGAUUCAGACAGAAAAUCGCGUAAGAGAGGGAAGAACCGGAGCUCAACCAGCGCUCAAUUACUCCUUCCAGACUCGUAAUCUCCCGUGAACAAUACCGCGAGAGCCAUUUAUCGAAGGUCGUUAAGUCGUGCCGCGAAGCCAGAAUCCCAGAGGUGAACUGUUAAUCAAAUCAGUGACUCGCGGGGACGACGGCAGGCACCUUCUGCUAGUUCUAGUGUUGCCAAGCACAGAGAUCGAGGAGUCCAUUUUCUCUCUGGUUAAUUAUUUUUGUUUCCCGUUGUAGGGAAAGGUGAGAGUUUUGUAGCUUGAAAAAGAACAAUUCCAACAGAUGUAUUGCUAAAGAGAAAGCAAUAUUCGGCGGUUUAAAAAAAGAAAGAGCAAAAGCGGGAGCCGAGGCAGCAAGCGGGACGGAGCUCCGGAAGACAAUCCCCGAAUCACCCAAAGGUUUCAAGUCUCGGCUUGUAAGGAUCCGCGGGAGUGUGUGGCGGCGCGUGAGGCGGCAGGACCUCCCAGCAGGACUCCCAGGUGAUGUAGCCAGGGCAUCCACGCCCCGCUGUGCCCUUCCACCCCCUCCCUUCUCCCCAUUCGCCCCCGUCCGCCCCCACGCCCUCCCUGGCAUCCCGCCUACCCGCCUCCAUUAGCGUAAGAGCCCACGACUUCCCAUCACAACACCCGUCUGCGCGUCAGGUGCCUUGCUGGGCCAUCGUCGGCUCAGGGACGGAAUUUACGUCGGAGGGGCGUAGAACAAGAAGAAAGGGAGAAGAAGAGAUUAUUUGAAAUCGGAGCGGCGUUUAUUAAAAGCAAAUCCGACCCGAGGAAAAUCACAACAAACAAAGUUUAAGGGAAUAAUUUAUUCUCGGCGGAAACAACUGAUAACCUUCUUGCCUGCUGUUCACAGCUAACAUACCCACACUGACGUCGACGCCACUCAAGCCAGGAAGCACUGUCAGACAAAGUCACUUGUGCUUUCAAAUAUCCCUGUCAGGGAAGAGAGAGAAAAAAUCAGAAACGCAGAGAACAAGAGAGGAAUAAAAACAUUUCGGCUGUCUGUCUAGAAGUGAGUACUUCUUAUCGACGACUUACGAACAAGCUGAUAAGACGUUCCUUCUCGACAAGAACCCGAGGCAAACAGCGCCGGCGAGGAGAGCCGCGUGGGUCGUCGCUUAGUCCAAUAAAUCACGAGGAUAUUUAGUUCGAGAGCAAGAGGUGGCGACUUACUUGACCUUAUCGGGCGUAAUUACUAUUUAGUUAUUAGCAUUACCUGUAAGACUCAAACUAACGACACCUUAAUAGGUACCUUUAAUCCGCAGUACCAAUCUCAGGAGCAAAUAAUACAAGGUUGGGUAACAACGAGUCUGACCCUGCGAGCGACAGCCUCCACCUAAGAAAGAACUGUAAUUGUGAUCCUGGUAAGACUGCCACACAAUUACUUUAGGGCCGCCACGUUGGAUAAUGAAAGGCAAAUACACGAGUGAAAUUGUGCCUGCGGCCUAGGACCUACUACAGCACACACCCUCCCUCCGUCGCUCCCUCAUACAGAUUCACACACCCUCCCUCCGUCGCUCCCUCAUACAGAUUCACACACCCCCUCCUCUGGCCUUUUGUUGUUGUGGAAUGCCACACCCGCGCCAGACCUCAUCUCCCUUGCCUACUAGAGCCACGUAACUCAUAGGUAUAUAACAAAUAUUUACAGUACUGUCGAGGAGGGAUUUACUGAGUUUAUUGUUGUCUUGAGCCUGUGACAUCCAUAUGUAUGAGGCUGUAUAUUAUUCACAGUGACAUUAUACCGACAGAAAAUAUUAUCCCUAUGAAUAUGUGCAUGAGGUAUUCUGUACAACGUUACCAGUGAUUCAUUGUGAAGGAUUUACCCUGUACUUUGUGUCUGUGAGAGCUAUAGAACGAAGAACCAGUGAUAUUUUAAGAAACCGAAUUACGUGUAGAAUAGUCUUUUGUCGUGAAUACUGAUGAAAUGUCACAGUGAUAAAUAACGCCUUGGAGUUUUCUGGGUAAACUUUUUUUCGAAGUAUUCACUGAGUAUAAAGAAAACAAUAGGAGUAACAUAAUAAAAAGGUGACUGUGCAGAAAUCCAAGAGUUAGAUUGAAAACUUUCUUCACAGCAAGAGUGAAUCAUAAAUCCAGGGAGUCAUUUGUACCUGUUCCGAGGGUGUGACGUCAGAAUACCUGUAGGAAGAAGGUGCGAGGUCUGGGCCUCGUCGGUAGCCUGGACAAACACCCGUGUGUAAACAUCUCUACUCUGUCGAGAGUCCACUGUUCGAGCCUCACACACCCACUCUCCUCCUCCCCCCUACCCCUUUGCCUGCCUGCCUUCCUGUCUUCUUGACUCUGAGCACCUUCUGACCUCGUCGUCGCCUACGUCAGAGUGCAAGAGGCUUAACGAAUGCGAGACCUGUUCACCGGGCAAUAUAUCGCGUGAGGCUCGCCGAGAGGUAAUGUUUUUGCGUGAAUUCCCAUCGGCAGCGGAUUCCCAUUUGAUCGAUUCCUCCUUGUGACUAGAACGUAUUCAUUACAACCGACUCGCAACUCGCUGCCCCGCGAAGAUGAACGCCGACGCCGUGAACGGGGGCAAGUACGCCCUAAGAACCAAGUCCAUCAUCAAGCGGAUAGAAUCGGAGAAGAACCGAGCCACGUCCAAGAGGAAAGAACCCAAGGAGAAGCAGAAACCUCCGCCACUCAGCAAAUACCGACGUAAGACAGCCAACGCCCGUGAGAGGAACAGGAUGAAGGAGAUAAAUGAUGCUUUCGUGACACUUCAGAAGGCGAUUCCCGACCUCCCCGGGGCGGAUGCUGAGAAGCUCACCAAGAUCACCAUCCUCAGACUAGCCGUUAAUUACAUCGACGCCCUGGCGGGUGUCUUAGACGACGAUUACAACCCCACCGACAUCGACGGCGUGAGGGAGCUCUGGUGCCUGGAGAACGCCCACAUGGCCCGCCCCGAGCACUGCGUCCGGCCCGUGAUGAAGAGUCCGGGAGCCAAGACGUCGGCCACUCCGUCAGGAAAAAAUAGCAAAACGAUUAGCAACAGUAAAAAUAACAGCAAAGCAUCAAAACCAAAAAGCCAACAGUCGCACGCGAGAGCGGAUGGAAGUAAGAGCAAACACACGAUAGCGACUAAAUCGACAACUAAAAGACCGAGCAAGCCGAAGAACAAGCCGAGAGAGUGCAAGACGGCAAGUAUUGCCACGAGCAACGGUGCAUAUAUUACUCUAAAGAACGUGGCGUUGCAAACUCCGCCCCACAGAGUAGGCAGAACGAUCAACAACGAGCCUCUCAUGAUGUCAAUGACAGUGAAGAGGCCGAGAGUCGACUCCAUCACUACUCGACCCCACAAACUGCCGCGUCUGGAGCCCGUCGUCCCCCUGAUGACGCUCAACCAGCCCCUUCUGGCAUUCACCCCCUACGGCGCGGACCUCUCGCACGUCCCCGCCGCCAUCCCCGGCAACGACACGCCGGAGCCGCUCGCCGGAGCCACGCCGACCACGCUCCACCACGUCACCUACACCGACCCGGCCACGAUCUUCCACACGAGCGAGUCCGUGUCGGUGAACGUCGCCUUCCAGGACCUCGACAGCCCCGUGGUGAGGAACGACGUCCUCCUCGAGUUCCCGAGGAGCGGGAGACACCUCAGUGAGUCUUCGAGUCGAGACUCCGCGUUCUCGAGCGACGGCUCUUCUCCCCCGAGUCCUCUGGAUAGCGUCGCGUUCCCCGCGCCCGUGCCAGUGCCGGUGCCGAUCGGGGACUCAUCACCUUCGUUCUCCAUUGCGUCGUCGAGUGGCAUCUCCGGCUGCGGCUCGAGCUCGGACUGCGAGAGCGUCCUGGCGGCGCCCGUCGAGCUCGGCAGCCUCCUGGGAGACGAGCCCUUCGAGGAGGAGCUGGACCAUCUGACGUCCACCUUUGCCGAGGGCGAUGACACCCUCAACCUCUUCCUCGCGCACUCGUCCUCGAAUUUCAUCUGCACGGACAUUGACGACUGCUAGGGGCGAAGAACCUAUUCUUUUUACCCAAGACAAAUAUGAUUGGUAAUGCAAGGUCAUUGAUGUUCUCUUCCUCUCAGUGCUGAUUAGCGUUCGCAUGAGAAAGAUUGCAAGCAUUGCAGGAACGAGACAUGACUGCGUUGGAAUCCUGUGAGCUCUGUUGCCAUUGUAUUUUAUAAGGAAAUGUGUACAGUUUUUAGAUUUUUUACGAUGUAUUGAAGUAUAUUAUUACGUUGAUUUUUUAUACAAAAGAGAUUUGUAUCUGAGAUUGUAAGACAGUUUAUGGAAUAUACGUAAUUUAAGAAUACAAAUAUACAUAUCAUCCUUCUGUGUUCAUACUUUGUAAAUAAGAUGUUUUCCAUUUUGCUUUAUGUAAAUAAAUAAGGCUUUUGCAUAUA